CUGUCCCAUCAUGGCCAGGCUGCUGCUUCUGUUCCUCUCCGUCAUCCCCUGGGUCAGUGGGGGGCUCUACUUCCAGCAGGGGCAAUACUGUUACAAACCCCCACUCAAAAGGCACCCAGGACUCAGGAACUACCCGCGCCCACACGAAUACAUCUCGGUGUCAGACUUGCCAAAAGCCUGGGACUGGCGCAAUGUGAAUGGAACCAACUAUGUCAGCACCACCCGAAACCAGCACAUCCCCCAGUACUGCGGCUCCUGCUGGGCUCACGGGAGCACUAGCGCCAUGGCAGACAGGAUUAAUAUCAAGCGCAAUGGGGUGUGGCCCUCGUCUUACCUGUCUGUUCAGCACGUCAUUGAUUGCGCCGACGCAGGAUCCUGUGAGGGAGGAGACCACGGAGGUGUCUGGGAGUACGCACACAGUCAUGGGAUUCCUGACGAGACCUGCAACAACUACCAAGCCAGAGACCAAAAAUGCGACAAGUUUAACCAGUGUGGGACGUGCGUCACCUUCGGAAAGUGCUUUAACCUCUCCAAUUACACUCUGUGGAAGGUGGGAGACUUUGGGUCGGUCAGCGGGAGAGAGAAGAUGAUGGCGGAAAUCUACAAGAACGGACCAAUCAGCUGUGGGAUAAUGGCCACAGACAAACUAGAUGCCUACACGGGGGGUCUGUAUGCCGAGUAUCAACCUCGAGCUAUGAUCAAUCACAUCAUCUCUGUGGCUGGAUGGGGAUUGGAUGAGAACGGUGUGGAAUACUGGAUUGUGCGCAAUUCAUGGGGGGAGCCCUGGGGAGAGAGGGGCUGGCUGCGCAUAGUCACCAGUGCUUACAAGGGAGGCAAGGGGGCCGACUACAACUUGGCUAUUGAGGAGGACUGUGCAUACGGCGACCCCAUUCUCCCAUAAUGAAGGAGUCCAGCAGCUGCCCGAACAACUCCCAACUGCCGCUUCUGCCUUGGAUUCUUCAUGAGUUACGUCCCCAUAUUGGGGGGCUUCACUUCAGGACAAAUGCAGAAUCUUGGGUUUACUGCAGAAUCUUUAACAAAGUAAAAUGUUACAGACUUAAGGGGUUAUAUAGGCAGUGCUUGGCAUCUGCAGGUACAUAGGGAGAACUGCCGGUGCAGGACAAUUGUUUUCUGACGUGACUGGCAAAUUCACGUUUCUGAUCACUUAAUUGCACUGAAAUCUUUUUUUAUUGUGAUUAUAUGUGAUUUUAAUGCCUGAUUCUGUAGGCUUAGGGGUGAAGUUAGUUGCCACACUGAUGCCAAUAAGGCUAGUGGCCACAGAACAAUGCAAACGCUAUCUGCCUCAGUUACUAUGCAACAACCCGCCAUGCUUCUGCAUUUGCAGCUCCCUUUCUUGCAGUCUCACUCCCUGUGUUUGAAACCAAGCGCUGCAUUUGUUUUCCCACCUGCAAUUUACUUUAUCGCCCAUUUUUGGGAGAUUUGUCUCCAGCAGAUUUAACAGCUGGUGAUGAAUCUCCCCCGUCUGACCUCAGCUAUUAGGAAGAAUGGAACGUGCCAGAUCUGCUGACUGAUCCCUCCAAGACCACAACUGAGACUGCUGGAAGUUUAUUUACUUAAAGGAGCAGUAACAUCAA